AUGACGGUAGCGCAGACAGUAGCACAGGCUGACGAGGCCAUCAAGGCAGGGAACAACCAGGAGGGUGAGCGAAUCCUCAAAUCAAUCCUUACGAAUCAGUCGACUUCUACUGACGAUGCGCAGCUCAAGGAGCAAGAAGCCGCGCUCCUACGUCUGGGAGGUCUCUACCGCGAUACCCAAAACGCCGAAGCGCUCGCAGAGACCGUGCGUUCCUCACGCACAUUUAUGAGCUCUAUCGCCAAGGCCAAGACUGCCAAGCUGGUGCGCACGCUCAUCGACUACUUUGAAGGUAUCCCCGGUAGCCAGCAAACGCAAAUUCAGGCGACCAAGGAGAACGCCGAGUGGGCCAAGUCGGAAAGGCGUAUCUUCCUCAAGCAGAAUCUCGAGACCAAACUUAUCGGACUCUACUUUGAUAGCAAGAACUACCGCGAGGCGCUGCCAUUGAUCGAUACGCUGUUGCGCGAGCUCAAAAAGCUCGACGACAAGAUGAUCCUCACCGAAGUUCACCUGCUCGAAUCCAAGGUCAAUCAUGCCAUCUCGAACCUUCCCAAAGCCAAAGCGGCAUUGACGUCAGCGAGGACGGCGGCUAACUCGAUCUACUGUCCACCUACGCUACAGGCCCAACUCGACAUGCAAGCCGGUGUAUUGCACGCGGAAGACAAGGACUACACCACCGCGUAUUCGUACUUUUUCGAAACGCUCGAGGGGUUUGCAUUGCAGGAGGAUGCAAGAGCACCGCUGGCGUUGAAGUACAUGUUGCUGUGCAAGAUCAUGCUCAACCUGUCAGACGACGUCAACAGCAUCAUCAGUGGCAAACAUGCAACCAAGUACGCGGGUAGGGACGUGGACGCCAUGAAGGCCGUUGCCAAGGCGCACGAGGAUCGAAGUCUAGAAGGCUUCGAACAGGCACUUCGUACGUACAAGGAGGAACUCUCCAACGACCCUAUUGUCAAAAACCACCUAUCGGCACUGUACGAUACGCUGUUGGAGCAGAAUCUGUUGAGGGUGAUCGAGCCGUAUUCCAGGGUCGAGAUCGCUCACAUUGCCAAGGAGGUGCGACAACCCGUGCGCGAGGUAGAGGUUAAAUUGAGCCAAAUGAUCCUGGACAAGGUCUUCCACGGCAUAUUGGACCAGGGCGCAGGUUGUCUGGUCGUCUACGAUCAGCCGGUGGAGGAUAAGACGUAUCAGGUGACACUGGAUACGCUCAAACAUGUAGGAAAUGUGAUCGACUCACUGUACAAGAAAGCCAACAAGCUAUCGUAG